UUCUAGAAGCUAAUCCAAUAUUCAAACUUCGUAGCUCUUCUCUUACUAUUCUUCUCUUCUCAAUUUCCCUACAAAAAUCAUUGAAACUUCGCGAUUACGAUCAAGUAGUUGAAUUCUUGGCAAUCCGAGCAACUUUUCAUCGCAUCUGAAGCAGUAAUCGAUAAACUAUGGAAAAAGCGGCGAAGAGCGAAGAACCCGCGAUUGGGAUUCCGUACAAUUAUCAGCCGCCAUUGCCGCAGCGUUUCUACGUAGAGAAUCCACAUCAAGCUGGCGCAAUUCCUCCAAACGCCAUCGUUGGAGACCCCAAAGGAAUCCCCCUUCAGCAGACUAUCUACCGCGAUACCCCUGCUCCCUUCAAUUGCCCUUACUGCGGCGGCUCCGGCGUCACCACCGUCAAGUCUGAACCAAGUUUAGCUGCAGUUGUUGGUUGCAUGAUGCCUUUUAUGCUUGGAGUAUGCUUUCUAUGCCCUUCAAUGGAUUGUCUAUGGCAUAAAUAUCAUUAUUGUCCCAGCUGCAACGAGAAGGUUGCUGAUUUUGAGAAAUCAGAUAUCUGUGCUGUGAUGGAUCCUCCACAUUACAUACAAGGGAGCUUCGCCUUGCCUGCGUGACGUGAUGAGGCCGAUACGCUUGCCUGCGUGACGUGAUGAGGCCGAUACGUAUCGCUUUCAACCCUAUGCAAUUUCUAUAUACUGUCUACAAACUUUAAAUAAUUGGAAAUUUCCAAACAUUUAUAUACAUGUGUUAGUGAGAAUGUAUAUGUUUGUAACAAAUUGUUGGGUUGAGUCUUGUAUAUAAACCAUCAUAUCUCAACCCUUGACUAUUACCAAAAACUUUUUGGUGCAUAUUUUGUUUGUAACUUCCCUUCCACCCCUGCAUGGAGGAGCAUAUAGAAUCUUAAAUCCUAUUUCAUCCGUCUCUACGUAGUUGAGUUGUAUUAGGAGUACUUUUUAGGUUGUUUAACUCUAGCCGAGUCAUUUCUUUCUUUGACUAAAAGUAACCUAUUUUUUCUCUUA